ACCCGAACGCCCACCCUACAUAUAUUAAUGGCGACUGGAUAAUUGGCUACUCCAGGCGUUUCUUUGGAGUUUGAACUUAAAAGCAUUGGUCUAUGAACUUGAUUUGAUUUCUCGGACGUUGCAGGACACAUGAUUAUAUUAAUGGUACGUAAGUUAAUUCUGUUCUUGUCCAUGUCCCCAUAAGGGUUUUGUUUUGCGCAGCAUCCAAUUGGGACCAGUAUAUGAAAUAAAUACUCUUUGGUUGCAAGUAAGCGUUUAGCUGGUAAAAAUUGAUGUCUUGUGAAAAUUGGGACCUUUACAUGAAAGGCGAAAGCCAUCAUUUAUUUCGUUUUGCUAUAAUUCUUCGAGAGUUUACUAUCUGUGCAAGUAGGCACGCGGGUUCGGUUCGUUUGGGUAUUUCAGUUUUAGUGGCUGGGUUAGUUUGGUUAGUCCAAUCUUACCGGAAUUUAUCGAAUAAAAAUUGCUUGGUUGGUUUGGGAUUCAGUUAGUUUGGUUUUUGAAAAUUUUGCUGAGUUUAAUCUAAUUUUUUUGUUUCAGUUAGAUUUUGAUUUAAUUUGGUUGAAGUCUUAAAUAAUUUCAGUCAAAUUUGAUAAUGUUGGUUAGUUCGGGUAAUUAUGUCAAAAAAAAAUUUGUUUGUUCCAUUAAUUUGGUUUUUUUUUUUGAAAACCAAGCAGCUACUACCACUGAAGCAAUGACCCACUUUUUUUAAUAAAAAUCUUGAUGAACUUAACCGAAGUCAUAACUGUAUCCGAAGCGAAAAUAAUAUUUUUUGGUUUCAUUCGGUUUUACUGGUUCGGUUUGGGUAAUGAAUCUUAGUCCUAUGUGCAAGACUGUAAGAGUGCUUGUAAUAAACCACUAGCUUUGAUGAAAAGGUGAGUGAGUUUAUCUUAAACUCCUUUUUAACUUUGUACCUAAUAUCCCUUUUGUAUUAUUUAUGAUUUGCUAUACCAAAGUGGGGUAAGGAAACCCAAAGGUAGAGAGCUAAAUAAGCUUAUUGAGGCCAGGGCCGGCUUAGAAUUGUAUUAGGCACUUGGACAAAAAUAAUUUUUACACCUGAUAGUUAAUUAAACUAAGAUUAUAGGACCCUAUUCUAAAAGAAAAAAACAGAAAAUGACGGACCCCUUUUGUUAUUGAAUUGAUUGGUUUUUGGGGUGAGUCCCGGGCGAGUGCACUCCUUGCCCUCCAUGUUGAGCCUGCUGAUUGAGGCUUGGUCAGAACUCAAAAUCAAUCCUCUACUAUGAAUGAUUUCAAUCCUCUACUAUGAAUGAUUUUGGUGGGGUUGCAUUUUUGUGAGUGAAGCAUCUUUUUCAAACUAUGCUGAGGAAACCAAAUACUUUCUCUCACUUAGUAUUUUUUUUUUUUUUUUUUGAAACACCUUCUCUCACUUAGUAAUAUGUAGAUUAAGUCAAGGAUCCAAAGCAUACUUGUAUAUGUCUGUCUUGUCUUGUGUGUUGACAUGUCUCUUGCGUCUUUAAACUUGAUUUUCUCCAUAGAGUGAAGCAAAAGAAAAAGAUGGGCUUCUUCUGUCAUCCACUUACCAAGAUUUGCUGAUUCAUCCUUUUCUGAUAGCGACAAUCUCCGUUUCCCACUCUUGGAUUCUUGAUUCUUGUGUUAUUUAUCUUUCUUGUACAACGAGACACUGUUAUGGCUUCUCUGUCUGAAAUCGUCGAGCAAGAGGUUGUAGCAUCACCAAGAGGCAAGCUUUCAAUAACAAGUGAAAGCAGUCUAGCUUCUGUCGCCUCAUUGUCCAUGCCCCUUAUUCAGGAGAUUGUUUUAUCAGCAGACAUCAAAUGUAGUGACUGUCAAGAGAAAAUCGCUGACAUAAUGUCGAGGAUGAUCGAAGCAGAAACAUAUUCAAUAUUGGUGAGCGUAUUGGAGAAGAAAGUGACACUGACAUGUACAUAUUCCGGUGACCGGAGAGUCUCCAAAUCAUACGGCGAAGCUCUUCUCUGCAAAAUGUCCACCUUCAAGCGUAGGAUACUUCAUUCUUCUAGGAAACAACUCAAUGUUGAGUAGUUUUUGCUUUUAUUGUCAUCCUCUUUGCAAUAAACCGUUGGAAAGUUUUUAAUCUUAAAUGUCGAAUGUGAUGGA